UAGUCUUUCUAAAAUAAAGGGAAGUUUACAAGUGGCCGUGUUUGUCUUUUUCCUUUUGAUCGUAAACGAUAGACAAAGAUGAAGUUAUUUACUUUGACUUGUCUACUUGUUUGAGAAAAUGUUUUACGCUGCUUGAUAUGUUUUGAGGUUAUAUAACCCUUUUCGAAAUACAAAGUAGAAAAAAAGAUAAUCUGUCAAAAUGCUCCGCAGCUAUGAAGGUGUACGAUUUCUUUCGGACAAACAAAUGGUGAUAUUUGACAUUGGAAGCGCGUAUACAAAAUAUGGUUAUGCGGGUGAAACUACGCCGCGAGGUAUGAUAAGAACGGAAGUCGUGUGUCCGGAAACUAAAGAGCUUCGGAAAAUCUAUGAUUAUAAAGAUACGGAAGAUUUGUACCAGUUGCUCGUCGAAUUUCUUCAUUCUUUAUUUUUCAGAUAUGUUCUGAGAACUCCAAAAGAAGCAAGAAUUAUUGUUUUGGAGUCACUGUUAGUUCCGUCACAAUUCAGAGACACACUGGCCAAAGUACUGUUCCGGCACUUUGAGAUUGGUUCUCUGAUGUUAUUGUCUGUUCAUUUGGCAACAAUCAGUACAUUGGGUACCAACACAGCCUUAGUUUUAGAUGUUGGGUACAAGGAAGCUACAUUGAUUCCAAUUUACGAGGGUGUACCAAUUUUGAAGGCAUGGCAAGCUCUACCCUUGGGUGGUCAAAUUGUGCACGAGUAUUUGAUGAAGUCUUUGAAGGAUGUUAAUCCUAAUGCAGAUAUAACAGAGAACCUUGUGGAAGAUAUAAAAGUAAGGACAUGUUUUGUUACUACAUUAGAAAGAUCUGCUAAAUUAGGAACAGACGAUGCUCCUAAUCCGCCUCCUGCUGUUAUGUAUCCUGGAGUUAAAAAUAUUACUAUACCCGGCGAAGUUAGAGAAAAAGCAUUUGAAGCAUUCUGGGAAAGAGAUAAUGAUAAUCUUAGUAUCCCUACAAUGAUUCUAGAUGCCAUAAUUAAGUGUCCAAUAGAUACCAAACGGUCUUUGGCUGAAAAUAUAAUACUAAUCGGUGGAACGACAAUGAUAAAAGGAUUUGCUAGUCGUCUUAAAUCUGAACUUUCUGCUCUAAUAAAAACCAGUCCUUAUUCCGAGAAAUUAAAAAUUCAGUCAUUCAAGUUCCAUACCGCGCCCAGUAAGCCAAAUUACACAGCAUGGUUAGGAGGUGCCAUUUUUGGAACUGUGGACUUACCAUCAAGAUGCGUAACAAAAGAGAAUUAUUUAAAAUCUAACAGAAUCCCUGACUGGACCAGUUUAAUAGAUAACCAAAGAGAAGAUUCUGUAAAUUGCGAAAUUUACAGGGGAAUCUGUGGCCCGCGACAGAGAAGUUCGUCAGGCCGGCUUUAGACGACAUAAAAUCGUGCAUACUUGAUUGUCUGGCGGUUGUUUCGAAUUUAAAACAUCGUCGACGUAUGCAAGCACUUGUUCU